AGAGCGAAGUGCUAAGGAAUGAAUCGGCCCUAAACUUUCGCACAGUCGUUGGAAUCGAGCCAUUCAAUUGAUUGAACAAGACGUUGAACUGAUCAAGAUUCGUUAGGCUCAGCUCCGGUAUUAGACCAGUUAACUUAUCGUUCUGCAGAUACAGAGUCGCCGGUGGGAUUAUUGAAGGACGGAGAGAUCCCAGCGGAGAAGUUAUUCAAAGCAAGGUUCACGCGGGCAAGUUUCUUGAGUCCGAACAAGGACGACGGAAUCUCGCUGGAGAAAAAGUUCCCUUGCAAAUAUAAAUUGUGGAGGUCCGUACAUGCGGCUAGACCGGACGGCAAUGGACCGGUGAGAGCAUUAAGCCGGAUGACCAGCGUGUGGAGCUGCACCAGAUUUCCGAAGAUUCCUACGGGGAUUUGGCCGAUGAGUCCGUUGCCAAGAAGAUGCAAGACGGUGACUAGGUUGUUCUCGCAAGUAAUGCCUUGCCACCGACAAGGACUUUGCUCGGUCGUGUUCCACAAGAGCGACCUUCCACCGACAGCCAACUGGAAGAAGAUGGUUCAGUGUUAUCGAUUUUGGUUGAUCUUCUUGUAGUGAGAGGAAGAUGGUUCGAGUGAGCAACAACCUAAUAGGCAUUCUAAACUUUGUGACGUUCCUGCUCUCGAUUCCGAUCUUGGGAGCAGGAAUAUGGCUGGCAAACAGCAGCGACUGCGAGAAGUUCCUCGAGAAGCCCGUUAUCGCUCUUGGAGUGUUUCUCAUGGUGCUCUCUCUCGCCGGACUUAUCGGUGAAUGCUGCAAAGUCUCAUGGCUUCUCUGGCUUUACCUUCUUGUGAUGUUCCUCCUCAUAGUUCUUCUCUUCUGCUUCACGAUCUUUGCUUUCGUGGUGACUAACAAGGGWGCUGGAGAGGUGUUGUCAGGUAAAGGGUAUAAGGAUUAUAAGUUGGGGGAUUAUUCCAACUGGUUGCAGAAGAGGGUUAACAACAACAACAACUGGAGGAAGAUCAAGAGUUGCUUGAUGGAUAGCCAUGUCUGCAAGAGUCUCAAUAACUCUGCUGCCGAACCGGUGGAAGAAUUUUACGCCCGGCAUUUGUCUUCAAUUGAGUCGGGCUGCUGUAAGCCUCCAACAGCAUGUAAUUUCCUAUACGUGAGCCCAACAGUCUGGACGAAAACCAAUACAACCAGCGAGCUUUCUGAUUGCAAUAACUGGAACAAUCCCACAGGUUCGCUCUGUUUCAACAGCAAUUCUUGCAAGGCUGGAGUACUUGACUACCUCAAGAAGGACUGGAAGAAGGUGGCUGUUGUGAACAUUAUCUUCCUCAUCUUCCUCAUUAUUGUCUACUCUGUUGGCUGUUGUGCUUUCAGGAACAACGGAGAGGACAAUGCUUACCCCAGAUGGAAGGGAUACCCUUAGAUCACUGAUUUAGUUCCGUCGCUCCGUUGCAAGAUCUGAUUUUCCAAGAAGAAAGAAACCAGUAACAAGAAAGUAAUAAACCGGAGAACCCCAUUAGCGGUUUG